GAAAAAAUUCAUAUUAACAUUGUCGUCAUUGGUCAUGUUGAUUCUGGUAAAUCAACAUCAACUGGUCAUUUAAUCUACAAAUGUGGUGGUAUUGAUAAACGAACAAUUGAAAAAUUCGAAAAAGAAGCUACUGAAAUUGGUAGAGGUUCAUUCAAAUAUGCUUGGGUAUUAGAUAAAUUGAAAGCUGAACGUGAACGUGGUAUCACCAUCGAUAUUUCACUUUGGAAAUUCGAAACAGCAAAAUACUAUGUUACCAUCAUUGAUGCUCCAGGUCAUCGUGAUUUCAUCAAAAACAUGAUUACUGGUACAUCACAAGCUGAUUGUGCUGUUUUAGUUGUUGCUGCUGGUACUGGUGAGUUUGAAGCUGGUAUCUCCAAAAAUGGUCAAACACGUGAACAUGCUUUACUUGCUUAUACUUUGGGUGUCAAACAAAUGAUUGUUGCUGUCAACAAAAUGGAUACAAGUGAACCACCAUAUUCAGAAAGACGUUUUGAUGAAAUCAAAACUGAAGUAUCAGCCUUCAUCAAAAAGACCGGUUAUAAUCCAGCAACUGUUGCUUUCGUACCAAUCUCAGGUUGGCACGGAGAUAACAUGGUUGAAGCAACUGAAAAAAUGCCAUGGUACAAAGGAUGGGCAAUUGAACGAAAAGAAGGUAAUGCAAGUGGUAAAACACUUUUGGAAGCUCUUGAUGCUAUCGUUCCACCAUCACGUCCAACUGAAAAGCCACUUCGAUUACCACUACAAGAUGUCUACAAAAUUGGUGGCAUUGGUACAGUACCAGUUGGUCGAGUUGAAACUGGUGUUCUCAAACCAAACAUGGUUGUUAACUUUGCUCCAUCAAACUUACAAGCUGAAAUUAGAUCAAUUGAAAUGCAUCAUGAAGAACUCAAAGGUAAAUAUUUAUAGUUUGUUAAUUGAUAGAUAUAUGUU